AUGGGGACGGAGCCGACCACCACUGGCACCCACACCUCCCCCCUACUACUAGUCGACACGACCCUAAGCAGAGAAAUGGAAGUCUCCGUCCGGUAUUAUGGUGGUAAUCGAAUCGAACUCUGGGCUGGACCUACUUUACCAUCUGGCUUGCACUUACGCCAGCAGCCGAUCUUUCUCUUCGGGGUGGAACCCCCAAGGCUCCGUCCUGGUUUUACCUGUCACAACGAUCCCAUGCCCCAUAAACGGCUGAUCGUUGCCGCACGAUCACGCUGCUGCUGGCUGGCUGUUGCUCUGCUGCUACUGCUACUGCUGCUGGAUGUUGGCUGCUUUGCUGCUUGA